CAGGAGCUCACAAAUUUUUACUUUGCAGAAGUCCUUGACUGCUUCACUCUCUCCUUCUUGGAAUGAAUUCAGAAAUGACUUUUGAUGACUUCAAGAACAAAACUAUGGAGGAUCAACCUGACCAGGAGCCAAAUGGAAAGAAAGCUAAAGGUCUUCAUUUUCUUUCUUCUCAGUGGUGGUGCCCUACUGCUGUGACCCUGGGGAUCCUUUGCUUGGGAUUACUGGUAACCCUUAUAAUACUGACAAUGCAAUUUUUACAGGUGUCUGAUCUCCUAAAGCAACAGCAAGCAAACCUCACUAACCAGGAAAUUAUCCUGGAGGGACAGAUUUUAGCACAGCGCCAGACAGAAAAAGCUUCCCAGGAGUCAGAGAGGGAACUCAAAAAAAAGAUAGACACCCUUACCCAGAAGCUGGAUGAAAAUUCCAAAAAACAGAUGGAACUUCAUCAGCAGAACCUCAAUCUCCGAGAGGCUCUAAGGAAAGCAGCAAACUUUUCAGGUCCUUGUCCCCAAGACUGGCUCUGGCAUGAAGAAAACUGUUACCGAUUUUCCUCUGGCCCAUUUAAUUGGGAAAAAAGCCAGGAGAACUGCUUGUCUUUGGAUGCCCAGAUGCUGAAAAUUAAUAGCACAGAUGAUUUGGAAUUCAUCCGGCAAGCAAGUGCCCAUUCCAAUUUUCCGUUCUGGAUGGGCUUGUCUCUGAGGAAACCCAGCAGCUCAUGGCUCUGGGAGGACGGCUCUCCUUUGACGCCCCACUUGUUCAGACUCCAGGGUCCUGUUUCCCAGAUCUAUCCUGCAGGCAGUUGUGCCUAUCUACAAAGAGGAGCUGUUUUUGCGGACAACUGCAUUUUAACGGCAUUCAGUAUAUGUCAGAAGAAGGCGAAUCUAUUGAGACCACAGUGAAUUCAAAGACUCUGGAAGAAGAAGAGAAGACGAAUUCUCUUCUGGAAUUUAAGUUGUCCUUCAUUAAUGAGGUGCAAACUAUGAGAGGCCCGAGAACUGCUUGUUAUUAGCUGACGGCAGAACGCCCUAGCAGAGACUGGGCUUUUGGCUGCCUAGCACUUUGAUAUCAGAAAUUUUAAUUCCAUCUUUCUCUCUUUCUGUGUUUUUCACCUAGCUUGUCCCAAGUCUCCCUGCCUUUCCUUUUUUUAAUUUUAAAGUCUUACUCCUCUUCAAUCCUCUACCUCAGUACCAUCUUCCCCUCACCCUCUUGAACCACAUAGAAGAUGGAACACGGAGAACUUGCCCAACUGGUGGAUGCAUGGAAAAAUGCAUGCAAACACAGCCCAAGAAGAAACAGAAAAGGGGAAAAGGCCAUGCUGGAAUCCAGAAACUUGGGUUCUCAAUGUUAAAAUCUACCACUUGUUGGUCUUUUAAAUUGUGAUCUCUGGAUUCCACUAAAUACAUACAUGUGCACACAACACCCCCUCCCCCACAUCAUCACAUUUUUGGGGGCAUUUGUGAUGUCCCAGGAGGUAAUUACAAAGUGAAUGAUCUUUCCAGCGAAUUAAUCACAAUUCAUUGUUGGUUUCAAAAUCUGUAACUAUUUUUUCAUCUUUUAUCAAAGGACAGCUUAAUCUCUUUAAUCCUUCAGAACAGUUUUGUUAGAAACAUGGGGCCUGAGGUAAAAAUAAUAGAUUUAUUUUUUUCCUUAACUACACACCAUUUGUAAAUGAGCUCUUCUCAACUCUGUUGUGUUACUGCAGAAACACACAGGACAAAAAUAGGAAGAUACUCAACUAAAAAACAAACUGAGCCAGGUAUGAAAAUAUAGCUGAAGAGAAGCAGGUGGAAUCAGAAGUAUUCCUUCUAUUUUCAGUGUUUUUAUUGCCUUGCUACCUUCCUUCACAGGUUGUUUUACUUUUUAAAGGAAGCCUUUCCAUUUUACUGUACAUAAUCCAGCACCAACUUUAUAAAAAAAACCAAAAAGUUUUAUCAUUCCUAGAAAGACAAGAGAUAUUUUCUUUUCUCAGCACAUUUAUUGAUGAUUAAUAGGCAUAUGACAAACUGAACAUAUUUGAAUUACACAAUAAUCUUCGUAUAUAUGAACAUGUUCCCUUGAAAUCAUUGCCACAAUUAAGAUAGUGAAUAUUUCCCAUCAUCCCUCCUGCUUUUAUCAUCCCCUUCCCCAAUGCCUUCUCCUCAGACAACCACCAGCUACCUUUCAGAUUGUGUUUUGUAGCAUUUUAUAUGAAUGGAGUCAAACAGCAUGCCUUUUUGUUUAUUUUUGGUCUAGUUCCUUUCACUUAGCAUAACCAUUUUGGGAUUCAUUCCUCUUGUUGCUUGCAUCAAUUUUUCAUUCUUUUUAAAUGUUGAGUAUUACUCCCUUGUAUGAUUAUACCCCAAUCUAUUGAUAAAUGACCUGUUGAUGUCCAUUUGAGUUGUUUUCAGUAUUUGUCUAUUGCAAAUAAAGGUGCCAUAAACAUUUUUGUACAAGUCUUCGUUUGUACAUAGAAUUUCUCUUCUCUUGGGUAAAUGCUUAGGGGUUUAAUGUCAGGAUGACUCAGUAGGUGUAUGUUCAGCUGUUUGAGACACUGCCAAGCUAUUUACCAAAGUUGUACCAUUUGGUAUUCAUACCAGCAAUGUAUGAAUGUUCCAAUUCCACCUACCCUUGCUAACACUUGGUAUGGUCAGUCUUGUAAUUGGUGCUAUAUUACUGUGGUUUAAAUUGCAUUUCUUAAAUGAAAAAUCAUCUUGAGGUCUUUUUGUUUGCUUAUAUUGCUUAUUUUUUAUCUACAUAUUUUCUUUGAUAAUGUUAAUAUAAAUCUUUAGAGAAGUUUUGAGGUCUUUUUUUUUUUUUAUUGUUACAUUUUGAGAACCCUUUGUAUAUGCUGGGUAAAGGUCCUAAAUUUAUCAGAUUUCGUUUUGAUCAUUUUUGUUUGUUUUUCAGUUUAGGGCUUGACUUUAAUUCUCUGGAAAGCAGUUUUAAAUUUUGAUGAAGUCCAUCUUUGUGCUUUUACUGGUGUUUCUAAGAACUUGUUACCACACUCAAAGUGACAAAAUUUUCUCCUGUGUUUCCUCCUAGACAUUUUGUAGUUUCAGGUUUUACAUGGAAAUCUAUAGCUUAUUUUGGGUUAGUUUGUGAGUCACGUAUUAAAGUGCUCUCUCUCUAUUAUUAUUAUUUGCAUAUAAAUACUCAACUGAUUUAGCAACAUUUGUUAAAAAGACUACAUUCACUACAUUGCACUUUUGUCAACAAUUAGUUACCCAUAUGUGGAUGGGUCGACUUCUGUCUCUCUAUUCUGUUCUGUUGACUUACUUAAUAUAUUUUUACAACACCACCAUGAAUAUCAGUUUCUCGAAAUCAUGUAACCCUUCAUGGUAACCCUUCAAUGUUGUUCUUUUUCAAAGCUGUUUCAAUUAAUCUACAUCUUUGUAUUUUUAUGUUAACUUUUGAAUUGGUUUAAUUUCUUAAACUUAACAAACAAAGAAAUGCUGUUGAAAUUUUGAAUGUGAUUGCAUUGAACCUAUUACAAAAAUGUGGGCAAAACCGAAAUUUUAAAAAUACUGAUUUGUUCAACUCAUAAACAAAGUAUAGCUUUCCAUUUACUUGCAUUCUUCUAAUUUCUUUAAGCAAGGUUUUGUAAUUUUUUCUGUAUAGAUGUUUUACAUAUUUUCUUAGAUUAUUAGCAUAUAUUUCAUAUUUUUGAUGCUACUAGAGAUGGCAUUGUCAUCAUUUGUAAUUUUAAUCUCCAAAUGUCUCUUGAUAGUAUAUAGAAUUACAAUAAAAUUUUUUAUACCAACCGUAGAUCUUGAAACACUUAUUUUUUCUAAUAAUUUGUAUGUAGUGUGCGUAUAUGUGUAUUCCAUUGGAUUUUUACAUAGAUAAUCAUGUCAUCUGCAAAUAAAAGCAUUUUUAUUUCUUCCUUCCUGGAUGAUUUUUAUUUCUUUUCCUUGCUAGAGGAUCUACUAAAUAGACCCUCUAGUAAGCAUUGAAAGAAUGUGGUGAGAGUGUCCGUCCUUAUUUUGUUCUUGAUCUUGGAAGAAAUCCGUGUUAAUACCAUUAAGUAUGCUGUUAACUGUAUACUUUUCAUAGAUGCUCUUUAUUCAUUUGAAAAAGUUUCCUUUUAUUCCGAGAAUGCUGAGAGAUUUUUAUCAGGAAUGGGUAUUCAUUUGUCUACAUCUGCUUUUUCUACAUCUAUUGAGAUGAUCGAUAUUUUAGUUUUUUUCUUUUUAAUUUUUUAACAUGAUGAAUUACAUUGAAUAAUUAUAAAAGGUUAAACCAACCUUGGGUUCUUGGAAUUUAUUAUCAUUUUAAUGUAUUGGUGCAUUAAUUUUGUUAAACUUUGGUUUAGGACUUUUGCAAGUGUGUUAAUGAAGGAUAUUGAUUGUAAUUUGCUUUUUGUGUAGUGGCUUUGUCUGGUUUAUGUUUUAGAGCAGUACUCCUCAAUGUCAAUUUUCUGGAAGGUUUUUGUGGAACUGGUACUAUUUGUUCUUUAAGUGUUUGAUAUAGUUUAUCACUGAAGUCAUCUGGACAUAGGUUUUCUUUUUUUUAUAAGAUGUUUAACAAUAGAUUCAAUUUCAUGGAUGUAAUACCAUUUAAAUAAUUCUUUCUUGAGUGUGGUUUGUUGGGCAUUAGUGUCUUUCAAAGAAUUCGUCCACUUUAUUGAAUAUUUAAUUUCUUAACCUUA